CCCCGAGAGCAUUUGCAUCAACUUUCCUUGCUGGAAGAGAGAGCAGCCGCCGACUUUCUCCAUCCAGAGAUUUGCAGAUUUGGCUGGUUUUCCGACUGAACCAUGUGUCGAGAUUGUUGUUUGGUGGUUGGUUGAGGCUCUGAUUCAAUUAUUCACAUGUCCAACAACAUUUCAUUUCAUUAUAUUGGCAGCAUUCUAAACGACCUGAGAUUUCUCUUUUCACUCCCACAAACAAACCCUGUCUUAUUCGGUGGGCACAGUAAAAGGGAAAGGGAAAGGUCCAGUCAUUCCGCCUGGAUUACCCACCACAACCAUUACUUACUCCGACCACCAACACUCUUUUCGCACGUACUUAUUCUGUAUACCUAUAUCGUAUUAGCACGAAUAGGCUUUCUCGUCCUUUUUCUGUCCCAGACUAUUUCGGGGUUUUGUCAAUAUUAAUCCAACAACUUUUACUUGCUUCAAAAGUUGGCAGAACGAACAGCAGCUCUAUAAUGAAAGUUAUGGGAUUUCGUUAGUAGUUGUCUAGUUGUCUUAUUAUUAUUUUGGGGGAGAAAGUCUACUUGUUUCCCACGUAGGACCUCUGAACAUGUAGUAGUAAUAAUGUCUCGCGAUAAUAGACACGAACUCCACUUGUUACAAUUAUUUCUUAUUGUUCAAAGUAUACUGGAGAAACGGGAUAUGCUUUGUGAUAUCUCAUGAGUAAUUGAUUGUGUUGCAUGCAGUAACAGAAUAUUGCCUCGAUACUUGUUAAGGUUCCUGUUGCAAUGGAUUCGUAAAGAUUAAGAGAAAGGAAUAAAUUAUACGAAACAAAACAAAUUAUAAAAGACAAGAAAACCUUUCUACAGUCAAAAAAUGUCUUCAAAAUACAGAAGGACACUGUCCUUGGAAGAUCUAGUCAACGGUUCAGAUGAUGAGAUGGAUGAGCUUCUUUGCCAGGGUGCAUCUAGCAAGGUUGGCACGAAUAGUGGAAACAAGAUCUACAACAAUAGUACCUCUCCGUACACGCCACCCGUGGAAAAUGGGACUCGAGUGGGGCCAAUAAUUGCCCCCAAUGACAGCCCUGAAUAUGAUUUUUUCCUACAUGGUCCACAAGCUCCUAUUCUCAACUUGGAUAAUACGAGUACGACUUUAGAAAUUGAUGUAAAUCAAAAGUCAGCUUCGUCCACCAUUAAUCUUCCUCGGUCAAAAAGCGUUCGCUUUCAAGAACCGGAGCGGAAAGUUCGAGAUCAGUUGGAUGAAGUCACUGGAAGGAUGAAGGAUAACGUUGCCAGACUUUUAGACAGGGAGGCAAACCUUGGUUCUCUGCAAGAUUUAUCAGAUCAGCUGCAGUACUCCAGUGACAUUUAUCGUCAAUCUUCGGAACAUCUUCGAAGAAAAAUGUGGUGGAGACAGCAACGCUCGAAGCUCGUGCUUGGAGCAGUUUUUAUCAUUGGAGUUUUUCUCUUAAUAAUUCCCAUAAUUACAAAACUUCUUCAAUGAAACCUGCGAAAUUAACUGUUGCCUUAUGACUUUGUGCUCCUUGGGUGAACUUUCAGAAGUAUCUGUGUUUGUCCUCAUGCAGAAACGUUAGUACUCUAUGCAGUUUGUCAUUUAAGGAAUUGGGAAAGUUCAAACCUGAAUGGCUCUAGUUUUAAGUCUAAAUAAUACACAAAACAAUAUACCUAAAUAGUUGUUAAUUGUAUUGCAUAUCGAAUUGAGUCAUAUUCAAUGUAGAAUUAGUCAGAGAGAGAAAGUGAUCUGCCGUUGACGGGCUCCAUUGUUCGAGUUUUAUAAGUCAUAUUCUUAAACUAAAUUGUAAGUUGUUUGAGGGUUCAUAAAUACUUGAUAUUAGUUUGUAUAACUUCAACCAAAUUAAUAUUAUUGAUCUCACAUAAAUACCCUCCCUGCUUCAUUUUUUCUCCAGAUGAGUUGGAUUAGGAUUGGAUAAUUGUAGUGGUAGAAAGCAGAAAUUAUGUAUUUAAGCAGAUUACGUGAAAUUCCAGUCCCUUAUAUAUUUAUUUUACCAUAAUCGUGAAAAAUAGACUCAGAGUUCAGGUGCUGUGGUACAUUAAAGAGAAAUACUGGUCAUAUCUGAUCGAAUUCCCAAGAGCUAUGCAGUACGUGCUUUUUGCGAAUGUGACCAUUGUUAGCCUUACACAAUACCUAUUUAGAUAACUAUUAGUGUCUGAAAAGAUAGCUUCCACAUCAUCAGUAGCAUACCAUACCUGAUCUACUUAUGUAUGUUCUUAAAAAAUUUUCCUGUAAAUGAUCCGACUCUUCGAAUAUACACGCACUUAAUAAAAUAAUUUUAAUUUA